AUGAAGUUGGUGGAGGGAAUCUGGCAGCAACAAGCGGCUUACUACACUUUUACCGAAGCGAAAGUGGUGGGUAACUGCACUAAUUACUGGCUUGACUCUCUCUAUCUGGAUGCUGGUGCCAGUGGCAAGGUGAUCACGACAGCAUUUUCCUUCAAUGUGUGCUACCAGACGAAAUACGAGCUCGACUUCGCUGCGAUGACGCAGACCAACCUUGACAGCAAGAAGGUGCGGAAGAUCCGUCUCACAGGCACGCCCGCUCCUGCAGUUGCACCAGCAUCUCACGAUGUCGCUGCCACAAAGCCUGUGUGGAGAUGGUGGUCCAAUGCCGACGGGUGGGAAUCUUUUGCCGACGUAGAUGCAGAGCUGUUGGAGAAGGCCUACGCUGCAGGAGAGACGCCGUUCAGCACAAAGCAGCUUAGCUGGAAUGCAGGCUAUGACAGUUUGUACAUCUUCGACUUCACCGUCAUGACACAGGUCAAUUGUGACAGUGCAACAUCCCGGAAGAUUCAGCGCACUGCAGUUGGAGCUGUGCCGGACACCGGGCACGUGGAAGGUGAAGACGAUGCCUACGCUGCCGCCGUGGGGUUUCUGGCUGGCAAGGAGGGCGACGCAGCGGUGAUGUUCGAACAGAAGUUCAGACCCUUGCUGCCGCCAGACUUUGUGGCGGAUCAGAAGAUGAAGGGAGCGCAGUCCUUGAGACAACAGGCCAAGGACUAUGGACCAAUGAUCUCCAAAGAUGCGCAUGCAAGGACUUGUUUCGACGAGAUGCUUGAGAACGAGCGUGAGUUCUGUGGGGAAUGGGUUGUUUUCUAUCACAGCUACUCCAGCGCAGCCCUAUUGUAUGAAGUUCAAGCAGCCGUCGCCGCCGUCCUCUUCAGAUUCAAAGCCGAGUUCGCAGCUCUUCCUCGAAUCCUCUGUGCGCCCUUCCACCACAUCCCCACUGCUGAGAGAAUGCUGGAAGAGUUUCCCCAUUGGCCGGACCAAGACCACAACCAGGCCUUCCGUUUGGUUGGGCUCUGUUUUGGGCCUCAGAGAUGUGACGUUGUGACAAGUUGA